ACUGAAAUUUGCCAGUGCCGCUCAGGCUUGGGUGUGACGGAAUAUUCUGCAAAGAAGUUGUAUGCUCACCUAGGCUUUGCUAAUGGUCGCGACACAAUGGUUGCUGAGGGCUACAGAAUGGAUGUUCUUCAUGUCUGGGGCACACAUGAACUGAGCACGGCGGAUCUUCUUGAAUGGCUGGGGGAAUUCAGCCCCCAAUCUGUUGAAUGGAUAGAUGAUUCGUCUUGUACGUUGCGUUGUAAUAUUAUUAUGAUCAAUGAGAGCACCGUUUUGCAUGUGUUGCACAAGUUAGCAGAGCCUUUUGACCGUCGAGUUGCAUUAACAGCAAUGGCUGCUGUUAUUUCUACAAUGAAUACCCACAAUAAUGGCGGCGAUUUCGAAAGAGCAUUACGUCCGCCAAAGUUAUCACCUGUAGAGGGAACUUCCGACAGGUUGAUGCCUCCUUGUGGCAGGUGGUUCAAAUCAAUAUCGUCACCUGAGCGUGCUCUCUGCCUUUAUCUUCGGAUUGCACAUAAAGGUUAG